AUGUUUUCCACUACUCUGACCACCUUCCUUGCUGCUUCGGCCAGCUUGGUCUCCGCCGCUUCCAUCCCCAUCCGCAAUGCUGGCAAGUCCGGCUCCGCCAGCGUUACGCCUCACGACGCCUUCUCUUCUUCCAUCGGCGUGCUCGGCUGCAAGAUCGACAUCAACCGCGUUGCCUACUGGCCCGGUUCAGUCGGCUGCGACGACAUCUGCGUCAAGGUCUCCAACGCCGGCCGCAGCGUCCACCUGCUCCGCAUCGACCAGUCCGGCGGUGCCUUUGACAUCUCCUACGACGCCUGGAACUACCUCAGCACCGGCCACUCUGCCACCGAUGCCCCUACCCAGGGCGGCGGCGUUCCCAUGGACUGGGAGGCGGUCCCCGCCAGCGAGUGCGAGCAUCUUCUGACGGACGGCAAGCUGCCCCUGUCCGCCGCCAACAGCAUGAACUACCUUUCCUCCUGUCUCGCCCAGCCCGAGAGCUUCGUGGCCAAGAACCACGCGCUCUACAACAUCCAGAACUCCGCCUGCACCUGGGGUGUCGACGAGCUCUGCGACCUCGACCUGGCCGUCAGCAACCAGGCCUCCUGCCCUAGCGGCCUCGGCAUCACAAAGGCGUUGACCGACCUCCCUGUCGAGAACAUUGCCUACGGGACUGGCAAGCUCUCUGUCGCUCUCCAGUAG